AUGAGUGGCCGAAGCCCCUACGCGAACGGAUACGGAUAUCCCUCCGACUCGGGACGCUCAGAGAACGGCGGAUAUGGCAGUUCCAGCAGUCUCGGCGUAAACGGAUACGGAGGUGCUAACGGAAGCGGAAGUCGAGAACGAGAGCCCCGUGACCGUGAUCGUGAACGACGUCCUGGCGGAUAUGGCGGGUUUAUGAGCGAGGAGCCGCAACGGCCGCCGACGUCGUCUUCGACUGUGUCGAGAGAAAGAGAUAGAGAUAGGGAUUAUGAUCACGGGAGAGGAGAGCAGGAUAGAAGGCCUUCGGCGACGUCGUCGUCAUCAAGGUCACGGCCCAGGGACGGGAAUACUGGUACGAGAUGGAGACCGGGAAGAGAUGAGGGUGAUCAUAUGAGGCCGAUGCCGACGAAUCGUCCUGAGGCUGCGGCUGGCGGAGGACGAGGGCCUCAAUCAAUUGAAGAGGUGCUACAAACGAUCCAACGAAACUGGGACUUUAUGGCUACGGAUGACUGCAUACCGGUACAAGUCGCAUUACAAUUGAUGGACAAUAGUACGCUGGGCAAGGCAGACCGCGAACCCGAGUUUUUACAGACUCAAAAACAGAUACAAAAGACUUUGAGGAGUAUUGUGAAUGAGCAUCACCAGGGAUUCAACAGCUCCAUCGGUACAUACCAUAAAAUACAAGCCAGUAUUCAAACUUCUCAGGGCCGGGUUCGCACGUUGAGGAGCUCACUUGAAGAAACAAAAUCCGGACUUCUUACAACGAAACCAGAAUUACAAGGUCUGGCGACUUCAUCUCAAGACUACGAUGAUAUAUUACAGCUUUUCAACCAGAUACACGAAGUGCAAUUGUUGCCUGAGAAAUUGGAGCAGAAGAUAUCCGACAAGCGGUUCUUGUCGGCUGUUGAUAUCCUCCAGGAGGGUCUUCGCUUGAUACGUCGAUCCGAAUUUGAAGAGAUUGGGGCUCUUUCAGAUCUACGGUCCUACUUCACGAACCAGGAGACUUCUCUGACCGAGAUUUUGAUUGAAGAGUUACAUGACCAUCUAUAUCUGAAGUCUCCAUACUGUCAGGAUCGUUGGAAAUCGUCAGCCACUGAUGAAAAAGCGACUCAAGGAUCUGCAAACGGCGCAACAUGGGAGAGACCUGUGUAUAGCUUCCUUGCCAAGUUAGAUCCGUCGACACCUAUGCUAGAGGACUCCUCUCGUAAUCCGGAAGCGGAUACGUUUCACUAUAUUAGCCUCAUCAUCGAAGCUCUGAACCGCAUGGGUAACCUAGAUGUCGCUGUGGACAGAAUCGAGCAGAGGCUUCCGGUAGAGCUCUUUGCUGUUGUGGAUAAGACGAGUGCGGAGGUGGACGCUCAUCAUCCAAAUCUCGCGCGAACUCUUUUGUCCCAGGAUAAUAAAAGCGGACUUCCUACGGAAAUCAACGAGCAGCGUGGUCCUGUGUUGACUGAAUUCCUUUGGAAUCUAUAUGCGAAAUUUGAGGCUAUUGCUGAAGGCCACCGCGUCCUUCAUGAUGUUAUUGUGGGUAUCAUUGACCGGGAAAGAUUGGGUAAAAGCACAUUGGCCAAUGGAUUCAAGGAGCUAUGGAAAUUAUAUCAAAGUGAAAUACGAUCUCUUCUUCACGACUACCUCGCCACAGAUGGCGAUGAUUCUUAUCGGACCGUCCCACGACAGGCUGAAGCGAGACGGAAUUUCUCUCUCAACCAAAGGGAUAGGAACAAGAAAAUGUUCAAAAUGUCGGACAUUGAUCAAAAGUCAAGCGACAUGAAGACGGAACGAGAUGAAUUAGAUGAAAUCCUGCGACAUUCUGUACCUGGUUUGGUCACCAAAACAACCGAGCGAACCAACGGCGAUGGCACCUCAAAGUCGAAACAAGGAAACUCGGGCACCGGCCAUAAGCUUCUUAUCCAGCCAAGUGUCUUCAACAUGGGACUGUUGCUUCCUCCUUCGCUUUCGUUUAUCCAGAAGCUCAAAGAUAUCGUACCCGCAGACUCGGAUAUUGUCAUGAGCACCCUGACUUCAUUCUUGGAUGACUUUUUGAUCAACGUCUUUCAGCCUCAACUGGACGAGGCUGUGACAGAUCUUUGCGCUUUGUCUUUUAUCGCUUCGGAUGCAUUUUCUGAAGAUCCCAACUGGGUUACUGUGUCUCCGAAGCCAAUUUUCAAGGGAACCAUCAAUUUCAUGUCUUUGGUCAAAGCGUUUAGUAAAAUGCUUGACAGUAUUCCUCAUGAUCAGAUAUUCACUCAAAUGGUGCUCAGUCAGAUUGUGACAUAUUACGACAAGUGUUCAAUGGUUACGCGCAUAUCGUCUCCUAUCAAUGGAGGUACGCGACUAAAAACGCCUGCUCUGUUUGCUGAUGCAGGUGAAAUCCAUGAGACGGUCAAGAAACUCCUUGUCGGGAACGGUGACAGGAAGUUGCUUAUUGAUAAGGAAACCGAGGCACUUCUACGAGAGACAAGUGCAACUCCUCUGGAUGAGUUUGAUCUCAUCUCUGAUCCCAAGAAUGUGGUAACAUUGUCGCUAUUGCAUAACAGUUUGCAAUGGCUUGUGGGUCAACUAUCAAAACUCAGAUACAUCACCAGCAAUUCGGUCGACUCGAGUCGGAGCGAGUCAAAGCGGAUGACGCAUGCUCGCCGAUGGACACUGAUCAGCAAGAUCAAACCGAGACGGGAUAGCAUCAGCCAACCAGUGUAUCUACCGAUGAAUAAUGAAACAGUGAUCAUCUUCGACAAUACGCUACAAUCCCUGCGCAAUCUCGCGAACAAUGCACUCCUGACCAUGCAGAUCGACAUUCGGUGCAGAGUGAUCUACGUUUUGACUAAGGCCAUGGCCGGCCCGCAAGGCCCACAACCACAGACGGUAGACACGCCAUCAACACCAGCGCCUAGCGCGAACACGAACUGGCAUCUACUUCUGCCUACGUCGCCUACAGCAGCGUCUCCACCGGUGUUGGAGUUGAAUAACGAACUUAUUGCGAUAGACACCAAUUUAUCUUCAUACUUGGCCCCAAGCGAACGGCAGUUUAUUACAUCGGGACUGGCACGGUUCAUUGACCAAACAUUCAUCUUCUGUACCCAGUACAUUGGAGUUCUCAACCACAACGGUGCCUUGCGACUACAACUUGACGUCCUCGUGCUACAACAGAACCUGAAAAACAUUAUCAUCGAAAGCGAGACACCGGCCGAAAAAGAGACUGAGCCGACUGAAAACGUCGCUCUCCCCCGUAGCGCAAAAUUCCUAGAUUGGUUCCUUGAAGGAGCGCAAAAGGCUCUGGAUCACGCGAAGGAAGAGAAAGAAUUGUUUGCAUCGCAAGGUGACAAGGCCCUUGCAGCUGGUAACGGCGAGCCAUUCACAUAUGAUGAGUUGCGGGUGUUAAUUGAGUUGUGCUUUUCGGAGAUUAUGCGCGGACCACGUGGGGAGCAGAACCGCGAGGAUUUUAUGGCUGCAAAGAGGAGUAAUGGGGAUGCGAUGCUGAGGUUGAGUGAGGUGAUGUGGGAUAGUAAAUAG